AUUUGUUGCGAUGCACUGCGAAUCAACUAUCUAUGAAGAGGGAUCAUUCAACAAAAUUCGAAAUCUUGCUAGGGAUAAAUAUGUUUUCCGUGGCAAACGCGGCUAAAAACAAUUGUUGGUAGGCACAGGAAAAAAUACUGCUACGACCCUCAUCAUCGUCCGGGCUACCAGCGGGCUGUGUAGUUAUGGAAGAAACGAUGAAGGUGCCAAUGGGUCCUCCUUCUGCCCCUGUAACGCUUGAGGAUAACAAUAAUGAGAAAAGCAACAGUAUCAGUUGUUCAGUUCAGCCUUAUGCAAUACCUCCCUGGAGUGAAAUUCCUCCUCACCCUUACUACAUCGAACUUGUCAAGGAUGGAGUCAUUCUCGACAACCUCAACGUUUCCCAGAAAGGAGCAUAUAUGUUUGGACGCAGUGAUCAAUGUGAUUUUGUUUUGGAGCAUCCCACUAUUUCUCGCUACCAUGCUGUUCUACAGUACAAAGGAAAUGGUGAUGCAUUUCUUUACGAUCUUGGAAGUACUCAUGGCUCUUUUGUUAACAAGAUCCAGGUUAAACCAAAGGUUUAUCAAGAGUUAUAUGUGGGAGAUGUUCUUCGAUUUGGCCAUUCCUCGCGUUUAUACAUUUUCCAAGGUCCUACUGAGCUGAUGACAAAGGAAAGGCUAACAAAAGGCAGGAGCCAGAGUCUCAGUGGAUCCCAUAGUUUAGAGGAGAUGGAUGAUAUGGAAGCCUCAUUAUUGCGUGCAAAGAGAGAGGCUGAACUUGCUGAUGGAAUAUCAUGGGGAAUGAUGGAGGAUGCAAUUGAGGAAGAUACAAAGGAAGAGGAUGAGGAAGUUACUUGGGAGACAUAUAAAGGCGAGCUUACUGAGAAACAGAAUAAAACUCGAGAUAAAAUUAUCAAGCGGAAUGAAAAGGUUGCCAAUCUGAAGAAAGAAAUUGAUGCAAUUCAAGCAAAGGAAAUAGCACAGGGUGGUUUAACACAAGGUCAACAGACUCAAAUUGCUCGGAAUGAAAUACGCAUACAGCAGAUUGCUGAGGAGCUUGAGAGUUUAGAAGAAACCCUUAAUGAGAGUAUCCAAGAGAGCAUUGGGGCACGAUCUGGAAGAGUGGGUCCAAAAAAGAAGGAAGGAGUUGUGGAUGAAGAUGAGGAUGAAAGUGACAGUGAUGAAUUCUACGACCGCACGAAGAAAGGAACAAGAUCAGGACACAUGGAAGAAAAGCAGCAAGCUGUUGAGACCGCAGAGACAUUGCUUGAAAAGAAGGAAAACAUUGCUAGGGAUAUAGAGAAUACAAUAGCCGCUUUACAGGCCGAGGAGCCUGGUAAUCUGACAGAGAAUGGGAGAGAGAGCCUUGAAUCAGAGGAUCCCUUGGAUGCAUUUAUGAAAGGACUUUCAUCUCAAAUAGUGAAAGAUAAGACUACUCGACUUCAAAAGAAACUUGAAAAGCUUCAAUCUGAAAUGGACCGAAUUGUUUUUUUGCUUAAAAUUGCGGACCCAACUGGAGAGGUUUGUCGGAAACAAGAACCAAAGUUGUGUUCAUCAACUACUUUCCAAGCAGGGCAGUUGGCUUUAGGUUCAGCUGGUAAACCUAUUGACACACAGUUCUGUAAGGACAAGAAGAAUCCUAUCAAAUUACAAAGAGGAGAUAAUGCUGUUGGUGUUAAAAACUUGCCAUUGACAGCAGUGGUUGAUGGACCAUCACGAAAUGAAAAAAGUAGCAUUGGGGGUUCUGAUGAGGAGGUGAAGAGUACCAGUGGGGUUCCGAAUAAAGAGAUUUCAGCUGUAACAAAAAAACAGUGGCUUGGAGCUGUACAUAAUACAGAAGACAAUGUGCACAAUCAAGGGGAAAUUAGUCAUCCUGAGAAUGCAUUUGAUUCAAGUGAAUUUGUUGGAUAUAAAGAGAGAAAAAAGGUACUUCCAAGCACCAAGGAAGAUAGAACCUCAAAAUCUAUUCUAGAAGAUGCAGAAGGCCUCGUAAUAUUGAAACCAAAAGAGAUGAAUUGCACGCCUGACCCCAUAAAAAUAAGGAAGGAAGACAAUAAAAAUGAGAAUGUGUCCUCCAAUACUGGGGUGGAUGCAGAAACAGCUGCAGAAGAUGCUGUUGCUCUGUUGCUAAGGCACAAGCGGGGCCUUGCUACUUCUGACAAACAAGACCAGAUUGAAGAGGAAGACAUAACAGGUAAAGAUGAAUCUGCUCAGAAAAAGAAAACCAGAAGACUUGGACCUGAGAAACCAGCUUUUUUGGAAGAAGAUUGCACUCAUUACGAUGCAUGGGUACCUCCUCAAGGGCAAACAGGAGAUGGCCGCACUUCACUUAAUGAUAAGUAUGGGUAUUAAUGGGUUCGAUAAUCUUUAAUGCAGUUAUCAAUUAAAUUAAGGUACUUCAAGAUUAAGUCCAUGCUCUUGUUGGCACAAUUCGAGUUCUCUUUAUAAGCUCAAGGAAGCAGCAGUACAGAAGUGACCUACUAUUUUCAGUAUUUUGGAGUUACUCUAGAAAUGUAGACAUAUACAAAAGGAUUAUGGACAAGACAGCAGAAGUAAGUGAUGCUGACAGAUGUGUGUAAUCGUCCAUCCUGCUAGAUGUAUAUAUCUAAGAAGAAAAACAAGUUCAGUGUGCAUACAUGUUUGCUAAGAAGUUAUGAGCUUUCUUAUUUCGAAGAAUCUAAAAAUGUUUCAUAUGGUGUGAUUCAUUGGACUUUUUCUGCAGAACAUUAAUGCUUGAUUGGACCAUUGCUUCUUAGUAUUCCUGCAUGCCUGCAAAUCCACCUUCAUGUACUUGUAAGUUAUCAUUAUGAAUUUGUGCUUACAAUUUAUUGUAUGUUGGGUACCAAUAAAAGGUUGCCCCCGCAGAGAUUCAUCACACAUUUCAAAUGACAUGUAGAUAUCUUUUUGACUGGCAAUCACAGGUCUGUAUGAGAUAAAUCUGCCAUUGGCCAUUGUAUUGUACUUAAUUAAUUAUCAUAGUAGGGCAUGAAACUUUUAUUCA